UUUUUGAGUUCUGUCGGCACACAAGAAAGAAUGGGGGAAGAAGAAGAAGAGAGCCCUAAUUCCAUGUGCAUACUUCCGGAGCUACUGGAAGAGAUAUUCAUUAGAUUGCCAUUGAAAUCGAUACUCAGAUUCAGAACCGUAUCAAAACAAUGUAAAUCACUCCUAGAGUCGAGGAGGUUUUCUGAGAAACGUAUGAGUCUCCUCCAAAAGAAUCGGAGAAUCCUCGCUGCUUACAAUUGCGACUGCGGCGACCGUCCGCGUCUCCUCCCUGAGUCACGGUUCGAAGGAGACGAAGAGAUCGUAUAUCUUCACUGCCUCGCCUCACGACCCUCGCUGAGCUGCGACGGUUUGCUCUGUUUCCCCGAACAGGAUUGGAUCAUCGUUUUAAACCCAACCACCAGACAGCUCCGCCGAUUCCCUUCCGGCUUGAACCAUAAGUACAGAUUUGGAUUCGGAUUAUGGUCCAGCUUCUCGCCGGAAAACUGGGCGAUAGGUUUCGGUAAAGACAAGGUUACGGGAAGAUUUAAAGUAGUGAGGUUGUGCUGUUCUUAUCGGGAAAUUGGGCAAGAGGAACCUGUGGUGGAAUGUAGUGUUCUUGAUGUUCAAACUGGUGAAUGGAGUAAGCUGAGUCCACCUCCUCAUCUAGUCAAUCCCGGAAGCAAAUCUGUAUGUGUGAAAGGAUCCAUCUACUGGUUACACGUGGAUGUUUACGUUGAAAAGCGUUAUAAAAUACUUAAAUUAGAUCUUCAUAAACAAGAGUUCAACAAAUUCCCAGUUCCUCCUACACGGGCCACAAAGGAAUCCCGGUUAGUAAACCUUGAGGAACGUCUAGCGUUUGUCAAAACAAAUGUUUUGCCCGUUUGGAUGCUAGAGAUAUGGAGCAUGGAUGAUACAGAUCAAAAACGAUGGAGCAAGACUUUUUCCAUACGUUUACAACUUAAAGUUUUUUCCUGGCCAAUGCGGAAUAGGUGGUUCACGCCUGUGGCGAUUUCUAAGCAAGGGAAUCUUGUUUUCUAUGACAAUCAGAACAAGCUUUUUAAGUAUUAUCCAGGGACAAAUGAGAUUCGUUGUCUCUCUCUGGACACUAGUGUUAUAUCUCUAUACCUGGAGAAUUUGGUCUCACUUCCUUUGAAACCGAGCCAUCCGUAUCCUCGUGUAAGUGUGGAAACAAGGAUGUCUAGAUGCUCCUUGUUUUUCAAGGAGUCGAAUUCUUGGAUAUGCAAAGCCUUGCAACGUAAUGAAUUUAGGAUCCUAGAGAUUGUGUUCACAUCUCUAGUAGUAGCUGGUUAUAUUUGCUCACCUCGAAUGUAAAAGAAUCACUUGUCUCUGUGUAGUAUAACUAUUAUUAUUAUUAGCUUGAUAUUUAUUUUGCUAGCUUCUUUUUCCAGUAACAUUUAAAUCGAUAUAAGUGGAUUUAUAAUC